GGCGCUACAAAGUGCAGGAUGUGUUUGGGGCGCUCUUGAGAUGGUGUCCAGGUCCUGGGUGCUACGUGUCGGCCGUGCGAGAGUGUUGGUCCUGACGAGGGCCAGCUGCCAGGGACUCCAUAGGGCCAGGUUUCGGGUUCAGGGAGCGGCCAGUCACAGGUGCUACCCAUACUUUCCCGGCUGGCACAUGCAGUCAGGGAAGUCGAGAGGUUACGGUGACCGCCCUAUUCCCCCCUUGGCUUUCUCCACUAGACCUCCAGUUAGAUUGGGUGGAGAAGAGAGACGAAGGCAUGACUUGUUUGUUUUUAAAUGGUGGAGGAAAACGUCAUUCUGAACUACUUACAUAUCAACUAAAAGCUGUCCAAACUGAGUAGUAGCCGACCGGACAAGGUCACAUGGAAGUGGCAGUGGGGUAGGACCCAAAGGUUCUGACACAGUCAUGCUCUGUCCCCACGUCACUGCUCCCUUCCCUCCGUACCCUGCCUGUGUUGCCCCGCAGGCCCCUCCAGCUUGUAUUGAUCGACGCCUAGAGAGGACGUGUUCUCUGGACUCAGUGGAGAUUAGGGAGGACCCCAGAGUCAGGACCAAGAACCCUGACCUCUAGCCUCACCGCACCCAACCAAUAGGAGCUCAGCCACCAUGGCAGAACUGCAGGAGGUGCAGAUCACUGAGGAGAAGCCACUGUUGCCAGGACAAACGCCUGAAACUGCCAAGGAGGCCGAGUUAGCUGCCCGAAUCCUCCUGGACCAGGGACAGACUCACUCUGUGGAGACGCCUUAUGGCUCCGUCACCUUUACCGUGUAUGGCACCCCCAAACCCAAACGCCCAGCUAUCUUCACCUACCAUGACGUAGGACUCAACUAUAAAUCUUGCUUCCAGCCACUGUUUCAGUUCGGGGAUAUGCAAGAAAUCAUCCAGAACUUUGUGCGGGUUCAUGUGGAUGCCCCUGGAAUGGAAGAAGGGGCUCCUGUGUUCCCUUUGGGGUACCAGUACCCGUCCCUGGACCAGCUUGCAGACAUGAUUCCUUGCAUCCUGCAGUACUUAAAUUUCUCUACGAUAAUUGGAGUUGGUGUUGGAGCUGGAGCCUACAUCCUCUCACGAUAUGCUUUGACCCACCCGGACACAGUCGAAGGGCUCGUUCUCAUCAACAUUGAUCCCAAUGCCAAGGGCUGGAUGGAUUGGGCAGCCCACAAGCUGACCGGCCUUACCUCUUCCAUUCCGGAGAUGAUCCUUGGGCAUCUCUUCAGCCAGGAAGAGCUUUCUGGAAAUUCUGAAUUGAUACAAAAGUAUAGAAAUAUCAUCACUCAUGCACCUAACCUGGAGAACAUUGAACUGUAUUGGAACAGUUACAACAACCGCCGAGACCUGAACUUUGAGCGAGGUGGCGAGAUGACCCUCAAGUGCCCUGUAAUGCUGGUGGUCGGAGACCAGGCACCCCACGAAGAUGCUGUGGUGGAAUGUAACUCCAAGCUGGACCCCACGCAGACCUCCUUCCUCAAGAUGGCUGACUCUGGAGGCCAGCCGCAGCUGACACAGCCAGGCAAGCUGACUGAGGCUUUCAAGUACUUCCUGCAGGGCAUGGGCUACAUGGCCUCAUCCUGCAUGACCCGCCUGUCUCGGUCUCGUACAGCUUCACUGACCAGUGCGGCCUCCAUUGAUGGCAGCCGGUCCCGUUCCCGCACCCUGUCACAGAGCAGCGAGUCUGGGACUCUGCCAUCUGCACCCCCGGGGCACACCAUGGAGGUCUCCUGUUGAAUGACCCUCGUGGCCCUGGUGUGGAACCCAGCCUCACCUCCCACAGCGCUAACCCGGGAGGUGUAGUGGGGCGUUGGGCCAGAGUAAGAAGGAAGAUGGGCAGAUCAUGCAGAGA